AUGUCCUGCCCCAAUCUGAGCCGCUUGCAGUCAUUGUGGGCGGAGGCACCUGUGGCUCUCUCCUGGCAUUUUGGUAGUGGAGCUGGGGCGGCGUGGAAUGUGGUGUUGGGCCAGCGCUCCCAAUUAGCCCUGGAGAAGGCAGGUGUCCUGCAAGAGGUGCUGGACAGGAGCGUGGAGCUUUUGGGGGAAAUGGCGGUGAGUGGCCAAGGGAGGGACGUGCUCACAGAGUAUCCCUUCAAGGCGCUCUGCAUUUCAGAGGCCUCCCUGUCAGACACCCUCGUCAGCGCCGGCAUGCAGCGGUACCCUCGGCAUAUCCGGUACCACUUCAGCCACCGGUGCACAGGAGUGGACUUCAACACAAACGGCGCUGUUUUUGUAAGCGAGGCCAGCAGCGAUGCAGAGCGCAUGGCUUCCUCUGCCAUUGUUGUGAAGAAGUCCCCUCCUGCUGACCUGCUCGUCGGAGCGGAUGGGGCCAAUUCGACAGUGCGCAUGGGGAUGAUGUCACAUGCGCCGAUGUUCGGCUUCUCCCAGUUGUUCCACCCGGAUCAGUUGUACAAAGCGGUGCGCGUGGCUCUGCGGCCCGGCAGUGUCGGCCCCGACCGCCGAGCGGUGCACGCGCAGCGGCGCCAAGCGCUGCUGCAGCUGAGCGACGCGGUAGGUGAGCAGGUUGUGUGCCAGCUUCUGCCUAACCUGGACCGCAGCUACGCGCUGGUGCUCAGCGGCCGAGCCCUGCUGCAUUGCCCCCAGACGGACCAGAUCAGGGAACUGUUCCAUAGCGCCCUCCCAGAGGUGGCGUUACUAAUCCCGGACGCCACAUUUGGCGCGCUGGCCGCGGCGCCGCUGCUGACAUUCCCUUCUGUGUCCUGCUCGCGGCUGCACCACAACGGCGCAGUGCUGAUCGGCGCAGCCGCGCACGCCAUGUUCCCAGACAUGCACAUCAGCACCGACGCCGGCAUAGCGGACUGCAUAGCGCUGGCGGAGCGGCUGCGGGAGAGCGGCGGCGCGCAGAGCACGGGGCGGCUGCGCGGCGCGCUGCGCGCGCUGUCGGCCGAGCGGCUGCCGGCGGCGGCCGCGGCAGCCGGGCUGGCCCGGGCCGCGACGCCGGCGCAGGGUCGCCCCUUGGAGAGUGCGCUUGCGCGUCUGCGCUGGGGCGUUCUCAUGCGCUGCAGCAGCGACCUGCGCUCCCUGGCGCUCCUGCCUUGGGAGUUGAAGUUACUGGGCACCAGCGCAAGCUACACGGACGUCCAGCGCUGGCGCAGUCAGGAGGCGUUCCUGUUGGCCGGCCUGCUGCUGUGUGGCGCGUCUACAGCGGUGUACCUCCUUCUGCUGCUGACCGGUCAGCUCAGCGCCGCUUCGAUGUGCCCCUCCGCACUCAGCAGGUCAUUGGACUGGCUGCAUGGGGCGUUCCCUGCAGGCUCCAAGCUGUGGGUGGCCCUGGCAGCUGCUGUGGGCGAUGCGCGCAAGGCAGUUCUCGGAAAGCUGUCAACGCUGGUCUGA